CACUCCGGCCAAGUGCUUUAGCGCACUUUCCAGCCUUUCCGCGGCGAUUCCAAUUUGACUCUGCAGACGCCGCCGAGGUCUCGCUUAUCGCCUAUCUCUCGAUUGAUCAAAGGGACUUUUCCACGGGCGGCUCAUCGUACAUACUUUUCACGGGAUUUCCGAGGCGCCGUUCGCAGCGAUUGCCCGCGCACGGAGUGCCAGUUUUCCACUCGAACCGGCAAUGUAGUUGUCUCUUAUCGCGUAACGAGAUCGUUAUCUGCCACUCAAAAGUCUAUAGUCGGUUAGGAAAGCAUACGUCAGUGUGAUUUAGAUCUCGAACGAGCGAAGAUGGUAGCCGAAAAGUUGAUUCGCAAGGAACCAAAGGAGUUCUCGAUCGAGGAUAACGUUAUCGUUGGCCACCCGCGCAAAUCCACGGACAGCCGUGGCGUCGCGCGGAUUCUAUGGGAGUCGUUCAGCGAGGCGCCGGACUUUGUUGCUCAGACGAACGCGGAUACGGGAGAAAACACGACGUUCGCGGAGCUGAAAGAUCGCAGCGCGCGUUGCGCUCUGUGGUUAAGAGAGCAGGGUAUAGGUAAAGACGACGUGAUCUCGAUCUCCACGCCCAACCAGACAGACGACCUCGUGCCGUACAUAGCAACGCUAUUCGUCGGGGCAAUAGUGAACCCGUGGUACCACGACUUGACCGAAGCGAACGCGCGGCGCUUCUUCCAAACGUAUCAACCCAAGGUAAUGUUCGCUUGCGAGCAGUCGAUCGAUCAACUGGCUCGCAUUGCCAACAGCGAGGGCAUGUCCUGUAGCUUUGUAGUUUACGGCAAGCACGCCGAGUAUCCGUCUUUGAGAGACUUGUUGGCCGAGCGAAGCCAAGAGGAAGUGGCGAGUUUCGAAUACGCCGAGCCAGUUGAUCCCUGGACACAGUGCGGCAUCAUAUUGUUCUCCUCGGGUACCACCGGUACGCCGAAAGGCGCUAUGCUCUCUUACAAAGCGAUCGGGAGUUUCGACAUGCUGGACGACUCUAUGAGCCUGCAGCAACAAAAUUAUCUCUGGUACUCGUCGCUGUCAUGGGUCACCGGCGCUUUCCUCCUCCUGAACUGCAUCGUCAUGCGCACCACGAGGAUUAUACACGGCGAGUUCGAUCCUGACAAGUCGAGCAGAGUCAUCGAGAAGUACAAGGUGAAAAGGGUAUUGUGGACACCGUCCGUGCUGAUUCAAUGUUGCAAAGCAAAGGUGUUCGCGCGCUACGACUACUCCUCGUUAGAGAUCCUGUGCACCGGUGGAUCCAAGCUCGGCGAAACCAUUCUCGAGGAAGCUCAACGAGCUCUACCCCAUUGCUUCGUUAAAAACGGCUACGGUAUGACGGAGUUGUCUGGAUUGGCUGUACUGCAAACUCACGAUCGGAAGAAAAUCGACGCUAUUGGCUACGCUAUUCGGGGCGUCAAGCUCAAGAUCAUCGACAGCGACACUGGUCGUACACUUGGACCGAAUCAACAAGGCGAAAUCUGCGUGCACAAGCCUACCGCCUUUCUUGGCUACUAUAACAAUCCGGAGGAGACGGCUAAAACUUUGGACAAAGAAGGCUGGGUACACACUGGCGAUUUGGGUUACUACGACGAAGACGGUGAGAUCAUGCUCACAGAUCGUAUAAAGGUGUUGAUCAUUACAAAAAAUUAUCACGUUGCACCUUCGGAAAUCGAAGAUAUUUUAUUGAGACACCCCGGAGUCAAGGACUGCGCGGUGAUACCUGUACCGCACGACGUUGACAUUGAACGACCGUUUGCUUUCGUCGUUAAGCAACCCGGAGCUACGGUGACGACAGAAGAAUUGAUAGAGAUGCCGGCAGCUAUCGACGAGUACUAUCGACUUACUGGUGGGAUAGCUUUUGUUGAUCAUUUGGUUUACACGUCUACUGGAAAGAAGAGUUUUCAAGUACUGAAAGAAAAAGCUAAAGAAUAUCUGGUUGGCAGAUGAUUUUCCAAUUUCAUAGCAAAACUUUCCCGACUGACGAUUUAUAUAUGACGUAGGAGCUCAAACAAUUUUAUAGGCUUGUUCACAAUUAUACUUUCAUAUUUUAUGAUAUACUUUUAAAUAUACUUUUCGAUUUUUCAAUACAUUUUUUUAUAGCAUAUUUGCAUAUACGUAUGUGUUCAAGUUAAUAUUAUAUAUGUAAGAGGCAUAAUAAAAAUUUGCUUCAUAAUAUAAUUGAACAUCUAAUGUAUACGACACACCUAAUCUACCAUAAACUAUA